AUGUCGUCCCAGCCGCCCUCCCCGUCUCCGCCGCCCUCCCCGUCUCUGACAUCUCCGCCGCAGUCCCCGCCGCCUUCGCCGCCACCUUCGCCGCCGCCUUCGCCACCACCGUCGCCGCAGAGUACCUGCUCGGUUCACUCUGAACCGCUCACUCCUCCGAUUGAAGAGGAACUGCCGCCGGUGGGAGAGCACAACCCGGAGACGACACAGCACAACGCCAAUGUCAACGAGGCGGCUCUACGUAGGAGGAAAGUAGAACUGGAGGAAAGACUGGCCGAAUGGAAGAUAAGAAAAUGGAUGGUGAGACGGUUCGAGGACUUUCAUUAUUACUCCGUCGUACAAGAUUCUGCAAGAGUUACAUUCGCCCUAGCUGCACUCCUGCGUUCUUCAUUCCAUCGCUUUGUCAGGGCUGACAAGUCAGUCCUGCAUUCAGGGGAUUCUGUGAUCACAGACCCUUCAGCUGCAUUGGCUGUGGCCCGAGGGAUGUGGCUCCCAAAGGACGAGGAAGCCAUCAGCCAAAUGGGGUUGGAACAACUACUCCCUUCUGCCCCGGUCCGAGUCAUAGAGAGUCUAUACCACAUCAUGGCCCUCUGCGCCACUGCUGAAGCCCAAUCCCUCUCUAUCAAGAAGCUGGAGAAGGAUCUUGACAAUGGUAUUAAACACUUGGAGUCCGGAGGAAAAAGUUCUAAUCCGGCCACCAGAGGUCUGAAGUGA